GCUUGCUGCUGGCCCCGGUGUUGUGGAGAGUUACCACACACAAAUGGGUCCCUCGCACUGAACGCAAAACACUCACGUGACUUUGACUGACUUUAAAGUCGAGAUGUUGGAUCGCAAGUUUUACAAAGCUGCCAGCUUCUUCCCCUCCUUUUCUCGUUUUCCACUGUGUCACCAUGGAUAUUGGUGGCCUAACGACAGUGGUGGCCAACUCUGCCUACAUCUCUGCCCGUGGGAGCUUUGACGGCACCGCCAACCCUGCAGCCAACCGUGACAAGAAGUUCCACUCCCGCUUGAAGCUACCUCACAUCACAGCUUGUGAAGGUCUGCGGGAGACAUUAGAUCUCAGCUUCCAGACGGUCUGUAUAGAGCAGCCCAUUGGCAAACGUCUUUUCCAGGAGUUCUUGGAGUCCAACAAUGAGUACAAGGGACCCUGCCGCCUGUGGAGAGAUAUCGAGGAGUACAACAUGGCUGAAGAUGAAGACAGAACCCAAAAAGCAAGCAAGAUGUUGUCUCGGUACAUGGAGCCUGACGCUAAGUAUUACUGCCCCUUCCUGCCAGAAAAUGGCAUCACAAAAGUCAAAGAGAAACACCAAGGAGCUGGGGAUGAUCUUUUCUGUGAAACCAUGGACAGUUUGAGGGACUUUCUAAAAGACGUGCCUUACACUUUCUUCCUGGAGAGUAUGUAUCUGACGAGGUUCCUGCAGUGGAAGUGGCUGGAGAUGCAGCCCAUAGGAGAGGACUGGUUCUUGGAUUUCCGUGUGUUGGGUAAAGGAGGGUUUGGGGAGGUGUCUGCCUGUCAGAUGAAAGGCUCAGGAAAACUGUAUGCCUGCAAAAAACUCAACAAGAAGAGACUGAGGAAGAGAAAAGGCUUUGAGAGCGCAAUGGUGGAGAAGAAGAUACUUGCUCGAGUUCACAGCAGGUUCAUUGUUUCUUUGGCUUACGCCUUCCAGACAAAGACAGAUUUGUGUCUGGUCAUGACCAUCAUGAACGGUGGAGACCUAAGGUAUCACAUCUAUAAUGUGGAUGAGGACAACCCGGGCUUUGACGAACCGAGGGCCUGUUACUACGCGGCCCAGAUCAUCCAGGGCAUGGAGCACCUGCAUCAGAAGAGGAUCAUCUACAGAGACCUCAAACCAGAAAACGUGCUGCUUGACAAUGAAGGUCAUGUGCGCAUCUCUGACCUUGGUCUGGCAGUCGAGCUGGCUGAUGAUCAGAACAAAAUUAAGGGCUAUGCCGGGACGCCAGGUUUCAUGGCUCCAGAGCUGCUGAAAGGACGGGAGUACGACUACUCUGUGGAUUAUUUCACUCUGGGGGUCACUCUCUAUGAGUUCAUGGCUGCCAAGGGACCCUUCAGGAGUCGAGGCGAGAAGGUGGAGAACAAGGUGGUAAAGCAGAGGGUUCUGAAUGAUCCUGUAACUUAUCCGGAGAGCUUCAGUGAGCACGCCCGAUCCAUCUGCGAGGGUCUGCUGCACAAGGAAGUCGACAAAAGGCUCGGAUUCAGGAAUGGGUCAUGUGAUGAGCUGAGAGCGCAUCCGUACUUCAGCCAGAUCAACUGGAGGAAACUGGAUGCAGGGAUCCUGCUUCCGCCUUUUGUGCCGGACUCCAAAACAGUGUAUGCCAAGGACCUGGAUCAUGUCGGGGCCUUCUCCACAGUGAAAGGUGUGCAGCUGGAGGACAAAGACAAUGAUUUUUUUGAUGAGUUUGCCUCAGGAAACAUCUCUAUCCCUUGGCAAGAAGAGAUGAUUGAGACCGGCAUCUACGGAGAGCUCACAGUCUGGGGCCCAGGCGGCACGUUGCCCAACGACCUGCGACGGGAAUCCAUCCUGGAGCAGCCGCGCAAGUCCUCCACCUGCACGCUGUCAUGAGACUUUCCAGUCACCUCGGCGGAAGUUGCUUACCCUUAACGGAUGAUUUUACACAAACUGUUGAACUCUUUUCAUGCGAGAGGGUCAGCAACGUUUAAUGGUUGAUUUGAAUGGAAAUGAUUGAGUUUUUUUCAUUAACUAGCUUCUUUUUUUUGUUGUUUUCUUAUCUUCUCUUGAAUUGUUGUUUUUUACAUGUACAAAAUA